AUGAAGCUGCCGACGAAGACGAAGUAUUGGACUCCGCUGCUGGCAAAGGACACCUGGAACGGCCGUACAAUGUUCGCCGAUGAUAGGCCCUCAGGCAUAUGUACAGGCCUCACACAUGGCAAAGCUGCUGGGAAGGGCAUCGCCAGAGGCAGCGGCAAGCUUGGCUUCGAGCCAGCACGCGACGACGACAGACCCGACUAUGCGAAUAAGACUGGCUUGCUGCCCAGCAAUAGCAACACCAUCGUCGAGGGAGUGACGAUCUUUGUCAUAGCCAGCUCGCUCACAAAGGUGCCCAAGUGA